AUGGGUUUAUUAUUCAUUUUCGAACCUGAAAUGAUUUUCUCUUUUCAAAGUUCGAGUUCGUAUAACGAUAAAAACGUCACGGCGUACCUGUUGCGUCGAUUCGUGCAAUCUCUAUGGGUUAUUUUACUACUCGCAUCCCUUUUAUCGUUUGCCGUGGGUACUUUGGCAGUUUUCAAUAUCGGAAAAUGUGAUUCGCGUCGAAUCGCGAAAGAGUCGGGAGAAAAGUGUAGGAAAAAUUUUCCGGUAGGAGAUGCAUAUCGUCAAGUGAUACCUGAAAAGGAUAAUUUGGGACUGUCGGGAAAUUCGCCAAGAUCGAGUGCAGGAAAAAAUCGCAACGUUUCCUCGACGGAAAAAGGAGGCCUCAAUGGUCUUAAAAAUAUUGGCAACACCUGUUUUAUGAAUUCCGUUCUUCAAUGUCUUAGCAACACGAAACCUCUUUUGGAAUAUUUGCUCCAUGAGGAAUACAUGACGGAUAUUAAUUUCACCAUAUCGGCAAUGAAAGGCUCAUUGAUCAAAGCUUUUUCGAACGUCAUUCAAGAACUUUGGGCGCCCAAUGCCGAGGAUAAAAUAAUAAACACGACAAAUUUUAAAUCGCAAAUUCAAAAAUUCGCACCGAGGUUUAUGGGUUACGCUCAACAGGACGCUCAGGAAUUUUUGAGAUACCUUCUGGAAGGUUUACACGAAGACGUGAACAGGGUGACGGUUAAACCGCAGCAAAUAUUAACGGAUAUUGAUGAUUCAUUAAGUGACAAUCAAAAGGCGACGGAAGCAUGGAAAAGAUAUCUUCGAAUGGACGAUUCCAAGGUCGUGGAUAUAUUUGUCGGUCAGUUGAAAUCCACGCUUCAGUGCACGGUUUGCGGUCAUUGCUCUGUCACGUUCGAUCCGUUUUGGGACUUGUCAUUGCCCGUGCCGAGCAGAACGGGUCAACCCAAGUUGCAAUCUUGUUUGGACGCAUUCACGAAAGAGGAAGUUUUGGACGGGGAGGAAAAGCCAACGUGUUCAAAGUGCGAAACGAGGAGAAAAUGCACAAAAAGUUUUUCUAUACAGAAAUUUCCAAAAAUUUUAGUUUUACAUUUGAAAAGGUUUUCGCCCACGGAAAGAUACAGAGGAAAACUUUCGAUAACCGUCGAUUUUCCACUCACCAACUUGGAUCUUAGUCCAUACGCAGCAAAUAAAGGUCAAGGAUGCACUUAUAAUUUAUACGCAAUCAGUAACCAUUCGGGUACGGCCUAUGGCGGUCACUACACGGCUUAUUGCAAGCAUCCGUAUUCAGGAAAUUGGCACGAGUAUAACGAUUCUAGAGUUUCGAGCCUGUCAAGCAGAAGCGUAGUAUCCGGCGAAGCAUACGUUCUUUUUUACGAACUAGCGACGCAAACUUCACAUCUCUAG